AUGGCCGCUGUUCUGGACCCUGAGCCAUUCGCCGCAGGGCUGCGCGUCAUCAGACGGCUCCAGUCCGGCCGUUGCCGGGCCGACGGGAUGGAACCGGGACGUGCCGAUUCGUCCCUCUCUCUGCGCGGACACGUCGCCCUGGCUCCUUUACGAAGCGACGUUCCCCUGCUGGAUCCCUGCAGCGGGCACCUGAGUGCUGGGGCUGAGGUACACCACGGGGUCAAAGGUCGACCGCCGUUCAUAGAUUCCCGUCGUGUGGCUUCUGCCCUGUGGGUCUCGCCUGGUUUCAGACAAACGCGGCACAGUGGCCUCUCCAGCUUCUCUGACUGGAGAGACUCCAGGAGCAUCUCAAGACUACGUGGUAACAAUACUAACAACAAUGCUAAUUGUUCAAACGAUCCUGCUAAAGUUCAACCUGAGUCAGUGGGAACAGCGGCGUUGCACAGCAGCCGCCGUGACAAACACACGGGACCUCAGGCGUUUCCUCCUCGUGUGAAGCCUCCAGAACCAACCUUCUCCAGUUCUGCAGACCCAGUGAGUGAGCGGCCGUCCUCCAGGCGUUACAGCAGCCGACCCCAGCUGUGGCAGUCCAUUGGAGCUGAGUGGGACCGACGGCAGCUCCGCUUAAGGAACGAUGCUAAGAAACCCGUGUCGUUCUGCAGCGCAUGUCCACGGUCGGGUCACAUCCCCCUGUGCUGCGGCGCGAUCGGCUCCGAGAGCACGGACGACGUGGACGACAGGGACGCAGAUUUCCACCCGCUGACCCUGAAGAGGAGCCUCGUGCCCCCGUACACCCUCACGUCACGCCGGAGCACCAUCCCUGGUUACACAGGCAAAGCGGCCUAUGCUGACUGAUGCUGUCUCCAGCCCUGCAUGCACCACUGGGUGAGCAAGCAAAUAACUCAUUAGCUUGUGUUUAUCUUUUCAACCUGUUGCCUUUUUGUAGCCUGACUGCCUUCAUCUUUUCGAGCUACACUCCUUUCCCCAAUAGGCAGUUGGAUUUAGGCUAAAGACAUGAGACAACUCCUACCUUCCUCCACUAGAGGGCGAUCUAAUGCACACAACUGACAGAGUCCUAAAUAUUCACGCUUCAGGAUGAAGAUGUGCCUGUGUGUUGUCAUUAAAACCAUGACUGAUAACUAUCUAUUAAAUAAUAUAUUUAGUGCUUUUUGUGCCUAUAUUGAAAUAUUUACACUAAUUAUUAAAACU